UUAUUGUUAACCACAAACUCCACUACCGUAAUGUUACAUAAUAUUAAACCACGAGUGGAGACAUCAUAGCAUUUCCCAGAAUCACGUAAAAAUUAGAGCCAAUUAAAACAUUUAAAUCCCUGUUUAAUUUAUAAAACUAUGGUGGCCUUACUUUAUGAUUGGUCGUGUGAACAUGCAUUCAAAACAUGUACGUAUAUGAGCGAAAUGGUUACACUAUAUGCGUGUUUUUGUCCAUGUCAUGUCCACUUCCGGGGAGAGAUACAUUAGCUAGAGUAGUUAGCAUUUGGCACACGACUAUCACGCGCCUAGUUUAAAUUUCGCAAAGUCCACCAACCCUAGAGGUCUGGGUCGUUUAGAAGUCGCAUUCGGACAUCUAGUAGCAACGAUAUAACGUAGUAAGUUACGCUGAAACAAGGAGAUGAUUAAGAUUAAAAUGAUUAGCUAGCUAGCUAGCCACCGCAAGCGAAUCAUUUCGCCAAACAGAAUAAUCCGCAACUUUAAACAUCUAGAUCAAAACGUCAUGGAAGAUUCCGACACGAAUGCAAUACUUCCUGCCGAAGAAGAUUCAUCUCAAGAUAAUUAUAAAUCAACAACAACUCUUUGUCCGACAUGUAACAUUAUUGGUGAUAACGUAAUUUGCUCAACACCUCCACCGUACUCAUGUAUACUUUCAGUUUCUGUCGAACCUGUUAUCUUUCUUUCAAUGUUUUCAUUGGCACUUCAGAUGCCACUUUAUACACAAUACCUGUGGGAUCGCAUUAGUGAAGAUAUGGGGUACAACGGGACGAAAACCGGAGGAUGUCACAACAGCACUGGGCCUCCCGAUCCUCUUGAAAAGGAGGUGGAGACCAUGACUGCGCACUGGAAUUUGUACAUCAACUUGGGAGGCUUUUUCGUCAGCCUUUUCUCUGCCACUCUAUUUGGGGCCUGGAGUGACUGUGUUGGCAGACGCCCAGUUCUGAUCUUACCCAGUCUUGGCCUGGCUGCUCAAGCUGCUGUUUAUUUAGUGGUACUAUACCUGAAGUUACCUGUGGCUUGGUUCCUCUUGGGGAGAUUCUGCAGUAGCCUCACUGGGGACUUUAACACCAUCCUCGCUGGCUGCUUUGCCUAUGUGGCCGACACAAGUGACAAAGUCUCCCGCACCUUUAGAGUGGCCAUACUGGAAGCCUGUAUAGGUGUGGCUGGCAUGUUCGCAAGCAUCAUUGGGGGACAGUGGCGACGGGCACAAGGGUACAUCAAUCCAUUUUGGCUGGUACUGGCCACCAGUCUAGCAUCUGCCCUGUAUGCCUACCUGUUUGUGCCCGAGUCUGUGGUUCCUGACCCCGGGGCCAGACUGCUCACCACUAAGCACCACCGGUCCGUUUGGCAGCUCUUCAGCACCCCAGGGCAGGGGGACCGCCGGCCAAAGCUGUGGCUCUACUCCCUCAGCUUCUUCAUCGUGGUCACCGUGCACUUCGGGAGCCGGGACCUGUACGUGCUGUAUGAGCUCAGCGCCCCGCUGUGCUGGGGCCCCGAGCUGAUUGGCUACGGCUCGGCGGUCCUGCACCUGACCUACCUGAGCAGCCUGGUGGGGCUAAAGGCCAUGCAGCGGUGCCUGGAGGACUCCUGGGUGGCCAUUGUGGGGCUGCUGUCCAACAUGUGCGGCCUGGUGGUCAUCUCUGUGGCCAACACCACUGCACUUAUGUUCACAGGCUAUGGACUCUGUUUCCUGUUCAUGGCUUCAACCCCAGUUUUGCGAUCAAAGGUCUCGAAGCUGGUGGAUCCUUCUGAGCAAGGGGCUCUGUUUGCAUCGGUGGCUUGUGUGGAGGGACUCUGUUCCCUGGUGUCUAACGGAGUCUUCAACUCCCUCUACCCUGCAACCCUACACAUCAUGAAGGGCUUUCCCUUCCUCUUUGGUGCCAUACUCCUUCUACUUCCUGCUGGAAUAAUUGGGACACUUGGCUGCCAGCAAAGGAGGAUGGAGAACACAGAAAGUUCCGCAGUGUCUUGAGGCUGACCAAGAGUGGAGCAUGUUCCAAAGAGUCUGUCAAACUCAGAACUUAGCUCUGUAAACCAUACAGCGGUACAUACAAGUGCAUCUCAAAAAUUUGAAUAUUAUGGAAAAGUCCAUUUCCUUGCUCAUAAAGGCUCAGGUAUUUUGACAUAGCUGAUUAGAGUCUUCUCAGGUCGAUAUAUAUAUUGAGAUACUGGAUUUUUGAUUUCCAUGAUCUGUAAACCGUAAUCAUCAAGAUUAAAAUAAUCAAGUGCACUAACAUAAUGUGUUAAAAAAUGUGUAUAUGUUUGAAGUGCAUAUUUUUAUGUGCGUGCCUUAAUUUUGACUUUUUUGAAAAUGCUGCCAUAGUUUUUUCUUAUCAUAAUACCUCUUUAAAUUACUGUAUAAUGAUUGAAGGCUACCAUUAAAGUAUUGUUUUUUUGUAUUUAAAAUUAUGACAAAUUAUGAUUUUACCACACUUCUUUGUAAAAUAAUCUGGGUCCUCUCGCUCAGACAUCUAAUAGUGGGAUUAGACACACAGUAAAUAAUGUACCUUUAAUACACCUUAAUACAUAAAUAAUGUACCCUUCCUUUCAAAAUCUUGUGAACACAAAAUAAAAACGUUCUAAAAAAAUAAGUCUUUAUGAUUUGAACUGGUAAUUAAGCUUGAGUUAAUGUAAGUGAUUAUCUAACAGUAUGUCUCUAUUGCUGGUGAAUAAAACCAGUGACACUGAGAUUAGGGUCUAGACAUAUCAUCAGCAGAUUGCCUGAGGGCUCCCCCAUAAUCCCUGGUUGAACAUCUAUUACACGGGUAAUGUGCUUGGGUAAGACUGACCCAGCUGAUCUCCCUGAAGUGGACUCAAAUAACAUCUCAGGACUGGUCAUACAUGCUCCUGGAACAGACAGAAACCCAUCAGUGUGGCUUUCAGAGGGUGCGGACCACUCGUGGUCAUCUGUUUCCGUAUGUCGAGCUGUAAACUUAUACUCCAGUCACAACACAGGACUUGAGGAAUGAGGGAGAGACGAAAAGGCACAAUGGAUGUCGUCAUGUGGAUGUGACAGAGCACAGAAGGUCUGUCUGUGUUUACUCACAGUGUGCAGUGGCCGAACGACCCACAGGGGAAGAGAGAAAGGGGCCAGUCACAUGCUUCCUGUUAACCUCCAGUGAUGUGUCGCCAGAGUAAUGCUAACAGCUACAAGCUGUCUGACUGUGUUGGAUUGAGAUGAGACCUGAUGUCACAAAGGGUUUGCAUUUUUAAUGUUAUAAAGAAGGAUCACUUUUUAUUGCUCCCAUUGGGUCUGGCG